AUGAAGAUUAUUGUUACAAUCACAACUUUUCUAUCUCUAUCCUUAUCAUUUUAAAUAGGGGCUCAUGAAUCAGAUAUUGUAGAUAAUAUAAUGUUGAAUCAAAUUUUUAAUAUUAAUUACUAAGGAGAUUUGUAAGAUUCAAUUUUAAUUUCUUAGGUAUUCAGGAUAUUUAAAAGCUGAUAAAGAGGGAACAACUUAAUUUUAUUAUUUAUUUUAUCCAGCUAUAAAUGAUUCUCUAGAGAAACCUAUAAUAUUAUGGUUAAAUGGAGGUCCUGGAUGUUCAUCUAUUUAGGGGGCUUUUAAUGAGAAUGGUCCAUUUGUAUUUAAAGCUGGCACAUCUGAAUUUGAGUUGAACAAGUAUUCAUGGACAAAUUUUGUAUAUAUCUGACACAAACAACAUUUAGGCUAACAUGAUAUAUCUUGAGUCGCCAAUAUCAGUUGGUUUUUCUUAUGGCCCUUAAGUGGAAUAGUCAGAUGAAUCAACUGCUAAAUACAACCUUCAAGCCUUAAUUGACUUUUUUAAUAAAUUUCCUGAGUAUAAAAAACUGCCAUUUUUUCUUGCUGGAGAAUCAUUUGGUGGAGUAUAUGUGCCAACUUUAACAAAAGAAAUUAUUGAUUAUAAUUCUCAAUAAAGUGCUGAUAAUAGAAUAAAUUUAUAAGGAUUGGCUAUUGGUAAUGGGUGCACUGAUCCUACUGAAUGUACACAUGAAGCUUGGUAAUUCUAAAUUCAUGUUUUUCACUAAGUUGGAAGGCAUAAUUUUAUAAGUGAGCAAUUAUAUGAAAAAGUAAGAAGUGUUGAAAAAUAAUGUAAUGAAGUCAAAACUGAUAUUUGUACAUAAAUAUCAAAAGAGGUUGAAGAGCAAAUUAUAGGAAAAGAUUAAAAAAUUAAAGCUAACCAAUACAAUAUGUAUGGACCCUGCUACACCUAUACCCCUGAAGGAAGUAAAAUGGCAUAAAGGUUUUUUGGUAUGAGAUAAUAUACUGAGGAUGCAGAUAUUCCAGCUUGUGCUGAUAUUUAAGGAUUAUAUCAUCAUUUAAGGUCGAAUAAAGUUCGGAAUGUAUAAUAUGAUUAUAUAUGAGCUAUUACAUAUAAAAGUCGAAUCACCAGAAUGGGAAGUAUGCUCAAGAAAAUUUGUUGAUUAUAAAGAAAAUCCUAAAGGAUCUUACUAUUUAUAUAAAGAAAUUCUAAAAAAUUAAAUUAGAGUCUUGAUAUAUAGUGGUGAUGUUGAUGCUGUUGUUCCUGUUACAGGCACAAUGUUUUGGAUUAAUAAAUUGUAGACAGAAUUAUGUAACUUAUUAAUACCUAUAAUAACAGCUUUGUUAACUUUAAGUCCUUGGAGACCUUGGUAUGUAGAGGGUUAGAGAGAAGUUGAUCCAAAUUAAAACGCUGGCUAUGUCUUAGAUUUAGAUGGAUUAACAUUUAUGACUAUAAGAAAUGCUGGUCAUAUGGUACCGCUAGAUAAAAGAGAAGAGGCUGAAAUAUUUAUGGAGAAGUUUGUAAAAAAAGAAUACUUUCCAUGA